UCAAAGACUAAAUCUCCUGAUUUGUGAAACUAAUCUUCGUAUUGUGUGGUUAUGUCAGCAUAACAUUGGAUUGCACAUGCGCUAGUCUCACGAGAUUGCAGGGAGGGGUCAAAGUGCGGCUAAUUCAUGAGUCAUGAUGAGAGAGAACUGUGCACGUGCGCAGCUUCAAUGGAAAUGAUUACGUCAAGGAGUUUCAAUAACAUGUAGAUGUCAGAUGGUCGGAUAGAACCGAGCAAGUCAAGUCUAGAGAGAUGGCUUCUGACUACGUGGCUCCUUCACAAGCCUUUCGGGUGUUUAUGCUCCAAGAGAUUUGCCAGCACCUGACUCCCAACGAUGUUGAAAGCCUUCUCUACACAAAUCAGCUACCCAUGCCAGACCUUACUGAGAGUAGUAAAAAAGUUCUCAUGAAGCUGGAGAUGCGGGGCAAGUUCUCAGCAUCCGACAUAACUCCUCUAGCAGAUAUGAUGAGAAACAUACAAAGAAACGAUUUGGCUAAGCGAGUCGAAAAGUUUCAGAAGUCCAAAAGUAAGAAAGAACAUAAGAAGAAGGAGCGUUGUGCAGCAAUGGAUGCUCAUGAUUAUAUGCUUCAGAAAUGCCAGAUCACAGCAAGUAUAACAACUAUUAAACUGCAAACAAAAAUCCUUUUGGAGCAGAUUGAAGAGCUAAAAAAAACUGCCUCGAAAAUGGGUUAUACAGAAGUGGAAAAAGUAAUAAGAGACGCUAUUGAAAUCAUUGAAGUGCAGUUCCAGGAGAAGCUGAAACUUGCCUCCAGUAAACUUCCCCAGCUGAGACAAGACAGUGUCGAUUCCCUGGACAGUCCCCCAUCUAGCCUGUGCAGUAGCGAGUAUAUUCUGGAUGUUGUGCGGUCUCCAACGGGAACACUCGAGAGAGGACCUAGACCUUGUCCAGGUGCCGUAUCCAAGACAAGGUCACUACCAAGAGACUGUAUGAAGAAACCCUUGCUACCUCCAAGCAUCUCCACACAAGUACAGGAUUCAGACGAUCAUGGCUAUGAUUAUGUGGCUCCUGAAAGUUUCUCACCCCCAAAAAGUGAGCAUCUCCAUUACAGCUCUACAGACAUUGCCCCCUCAAGUAGACAAGAUAAAAGCAGAGGACGUUUAGUCACCGGUCGAGAUAGUCUAGCACAACCAUCAAAACUAAAGCCAGUUGUUUCUCCCAAACCCUCAAAACUAAAGCAAAACUCUACCACCACCUCGACUAGUGACUACACAGGUGGUAGUGCAGACACCAGCACAGGUGAUAGUGGGUUCGUAGACUCCGAGAAGUUCAGGAAGGAAUGUCCUCCACGUCUGUUACCAAGACACAACUACACACCUCUUAAAGCUGAGCAGAGAGAAACUGUUGGUUGUUAUGCAACACCUGAACCUCAAGAUGCCGAAGUAUGCCAUGGCAAAAAUGAUUUGUAUGUGAACAUUGCAAGAUAAACACUUUCUGUUAAUAAUGUAUGUCAUAUAGUUAGUUAUACCUAUAAACAUUCAUGUUUAUUUCACCCAUUAAUUUAUUGAUUGAGUUACAUGUUA